AUGAAGUUUGCCAUUGUUAUUGCCUCUACCAUGGCGGUCGCCGUCUCUGCCACGCCUGUUGAGGUCCGCCAGUCCAACCAAGUCACCGUGGCUCUAUCCAACGAUCAAUCUGGAGCCUAUGCUGGCGUGACAUUCCAAGCCGAUGACACUGAUAAGAGCGUCUUCUCCCUCUUCAGUGGUACCUCUGUUGGGGCAGGUGGUACUGUCAAGGCAACUGCCGCCCAGCUCACCAACUUUGCGCAAUCCAUCAACUGUGUCAUCACGAACAAUGGCGCUACUAUUGGUACCUUAACUGCUCAGCAAACGUAUCUGGAUCUUGAUGGAAGCUCCCACGCCGCUAUUCCAAUCAAUCUCAACAAUGCUAAGAUCCACUGCCGUGUGUGA